AUACAGACAUGUAAAAUGUUCCUAUUGGAUAGCCAUGUCAACUCAAUUGUAGAAAUAAAAUAUAUACUUGGCCGUGUCACUCACUCAUUGUCUUCCACUCAAGUAAAGUGACUAACCCAAAGAGAGAGUGAGGAUGGAAGCAGAAGGGCAAUGGCAGAUUUCAGAGAAAGCUGUGAAAGAGAUAUGCUGUUCGGUGGUGUUCAUAGCGGCAUGGAGCAUCAUAACAUUAGUAUAUGUGAAGCUGUGGCAUAAGCCUCAAAGGAUCAGAUCAGUGCUUCAGAAACAAGGCAUCAAUGGACCAAAGCCUUCAUUCCCCUUUGGCAACGUUGCUGAGAUGCAAAAGUUACAGGCCAAACAAGAUUCUCCCGUUUCUCUUGAAGCCUUAGAUGAUUGGACUUCUUCCCUCUUCCCAUAUUUCCACACAUGGAGGCAACGCUACGGUCCUUUGUUCAUGUACUCCACUGGAACCAAACAGCAUCUAUAUGUGGAGAUACCAGAGUUAAUAAAAUGGAUAGGUCUGAACAAGUCCUUGGAACUAGGCCGGCCAUCGUAUCUAACUAAAACAUUGAAGCCUUUGCUGGGAAACGGCAUCCUUAGGUCUAAUGGACUAAACUGGGCCUUUCAAAGGAAUCUACUUGCUCCUGAGUUUUUCCAGAGCAAAAUUAAGAAUUGGGUGGAUAUAAUGGAAGAAUCUACCAUGGAGAUUAUCCAAAAAUGGGAGAGCCUUAUAACCGAAAGUGAAGGGGGUGUUGCAGAGUUGGUUAUUGAUGGAGAUAUGAAGGCUCUUACAGCGAAUAUCAUUUCCAAAGCUUGUUUUGGUAGCACUUACGCUCAAGGCAAUUUAAUUUUUGCAAAAUUGGCCAAAAUGCAAAAUGCACUAGCAAAGCCUAGUAUUCUAUUUGGAUUUCUAAACCUAAGGUUUCUUCCUACCAAGGAAAACAAAGAGAUAUGGAAGCUACAAAAAGAGGUGGAAACAAUGAUACUAAAAGUGAUCAAAGACCGUGAAUCAGAAAAUCAGAAGAGUAACACACAUGGGAAUCAAAAGGACAUGUUACAAGUAGUUCUAGAAGGUGCUGCCAAUGCCACCAGUGACAGCAGUGGAAAGGGUAUUUUCGAAGCAGGGUAUAACUUAGAACAAUUGAUUCUAGAUAUCUGCAAAAACAUGUACUUUGCAGGCUCUGAGAGCAGUGCUCUUGCAACUAUUUGGACACUGCUGCUACUUGCCUUACAUCCUGAGUGGCAACAACGCGUUAGAUCUGAGAUUAUGGACACCUUUGGUACCAUGUUGCCUCAUUCCUUACAUGACAUGGACAAACUUCGAAACUUGAAAGCACUAACAAUGGUGAUUCAAGAGAGUUUACGUCUGUAUGGCCCCGCAGUUACAGCCGCAAGGGAAGUGAUGUCUGAGAUGAAAUUAGGAGAACAUGUGCUCCCCAAAGGCAUCAACAUGUGGCUAUUCUUACCCUCAUUGCACCGUGACCCUGAUAACUGGGGGCCUGAUGCUAAGGAGUUCAAGCCAGAAAGGUUUGCUGGUGGUGUUUCUGCAGCAUGCAAGUAUCCACAAGCUUAUGCACCAUUUGGCCUCGGGAGUCGAAUUUGCUUAGGCCAAAACUUUGCCCUGCUCGAAAUCAAGCAAGUGUUGUGCCUUCUUCUAUCCAAGUUCUCCUUUGCUGUUUCACCAAACUAUCGCCAUUGCCCUGUGUAUAGAAUGUUGUUGAUACCGAAAUAUGGAGUGAGCCUUCUUGUCAGCAAGGUUCACAAGAACGUGGCGUAGUUCAGGUUCUAAACUAUGUGUUGUCCCAACAUGUGACCAAGACCAUAGCUAGUUUGGUUGGUGAAGCUAUAUGGCUAUUGAUUAAUAAAAGGUUUUGAAAAAUAUUGUUUUGGUGCCUCAUAUUUAUUUCUUUCUUUUCUUUCGGUUUGUUUUUUUAAAUUUAAAAAUGUUUACACUAAUCUUUUAGAGUGUUCCUGUAUUAAGGAGGUGACUAUGAACUCUCGUAAAAUGAAGGUGUUUUUCAA